UCAAGAAGAGUAGCUUAUGUGUUGAUUAAAUUUGCUAAACAAAUGUAACACUGGACAGAAAUACAACAGUAGAAGUGCAUGUAAGGAAUAAAGUAUAAAAACAAAAGCAAGAAAAAUAUAUAAACUGGGAUUUGAGAGGGAAAAUAAUGGAAGGGAGUGAGAAAAGCAUACAAUUGAUUUCCCCUGAACCCAUGGAAAAAGAGAUGAUAUCAUAUGAUUGUGAUAUCUGUACAAAGUCCUUCCUUAAAAAAAGUGACCUACUUAUGCACAAACGUAUUCACAAAGGAGAGAAACUAUAUGAUUGUGACGUUUGUGGUAAAUCAUUCUCUUGCAGUAGUAAGUUAUCUAGACACAAACGUUCUCAUACAGGAGAGAAGCCAUAUCAUUGUGAUAUCUGUGGUAAAUCAUUCUCUUGUAGUAGUGGGCUUACUGUGCACAAACGUGUUCAUACAGGAGAGAGACCAUAUCACUGUGAUAUCUGUGGUAAAUCAUUCUCUCAAAGUAUUCACUUAGCUGGACACAAACGUAUUCAUACAGGAGAGAGACCAUAU